CUGAAACAGGGGGAGCUCUGGAGUGACGACAAAACUGCAACGUGCUGCUCCUCAUGUCUCACUCUACAUAAAACCCACGAGCGCGAGAGUGUUUCAUCACUUACCGGCGACUGCUUGAUCGACACAGGAGCUCUGCAAACAAACAAGCUUUUCCAAAUACGGAUUUGUUUUCUCUGAAAACAUAAGUUUGGUCUCACUGCAAAAAGAGUUAAAACUGAACUGAAGACUUCUCUCGCAAUAACUGGCUUUCACAACAGAAAGUAGGAUGGAGAAGAUAAAGGACAGUAAGGGGAAACAGGUGACAUGGUGCCUCAUGUUCUGUGUGUCCACGGCUGUCAUCGGCUCCUUGCAGUUUGGCUACAACAUAGGCGUCAUCAAUGCACCCGAUGAGAAAGUGCAGAACUUCAUCAGAAAUGUGACUCAGGAGCGCAGUGGAGAGCCAAUGCAUAAAUCUACAUUGACAACAGUGUGGAGUGUAACGGUUUCCAUUUUCAACGUUGGUGGCAUGAUCGGGUCUCUUAGUGUUGGCACACUAGUUGACAAACUAGGGAGACGAAAAUGCAUGCUUCUGUCCAACAUCCUGGCUCUGAUUGGUGGAGGCCUGAUGGGUUUAUCCAGCAUGUGCACCUCUUAUGAACUGAUAAUAGUGGGCCGUCUGGUUAUUGGUGCCUUCUGCGGCCUGUGUACAGGAUUGACGCCCAUGUAUGUGGGUGAAAUUGCUCCAACGGCACUUCGAGGGGCUUUUGGUACCCUUCACCAGCUCGGGGUGGUCAUCGGCAUCCUAAUUGCACAGAUCUUAGGCCUGGAGUUAUUGCUGGGAUCUCAGUCUAUGUGGCCAUUGUUACUGGCUCUGACGGCGGUCCCUGCAGUGUUACAGUGUGUCAUGCUGAUCUUCUGCCCGGAGAGCCCUCGAUACCUGCUGAUCACUCUGAACCAGGAGGAGGAGGCACGCCAAGUGCUGACACGUCUUCGUGGGCAUUCAGAUGUGGAGGAUGACAUUCGUGAGAUGAAGGAAGAGGCCUUGAAGAUGUCCAUGGAGAAGAAGGUUUCUAUUCCAGAGCUGUUCCGUAACUCCGCUUACAGACAGCCCAUUAUCAUCGCCAUAAUCCUGCAGCUGUCCCAACAACUCUCUGGCAUCAACGCUGUAAUUUAUUACUCUACCAAGAUCUUCAGAUAUGCAGGUAUCACUGAGGCAGUCUAUGCCACCAUUGGAGUGGGUGCAGUCAACACUCUCUUCACCGUCAUCUCUCUGUUUCUUGUGGAGCGGGCAGGAAGAAGAACACUUCAUAUGGUCGGACUAGCUGGAAUGACUGUCUGUGCUCUGCUCAUGACCAUUUCUCUUGAAAUUCUUAACCCUAUUGGAGCAAAAGCAGGAAGUGGUGCUAACAUGACUGCCAUUCCCGAAUCUGUAUCUGCUGGGCAGGCAACUUCCCCAAUCAGCGUUCUGGCCAUUCUGGCAGUGUUCGGGUUUGUGGCCAGUUUUGAGAUGGGACCAGGACCAAUCCCAUGGUUCAUAGUGGCGGAGUUAUUCGCUCAAGGUCCACGCCCGGCAGCCAUCGCUGUGGCGGGAUGCUGCAACUGGACCGCCAGCUUUCUUGUCGGACUGUUUUUCCCAAAACUAUUGGAACUGUGUCAAGCGUACGUCUUUAUCAUAUUCCUCAUCCUCCUUAUCAUCUUCUUCGUGUUUACAUACUUCCGUGUUCCCGAGACUAAAGGCAGAACGUUUGAAGACAUUGCCAGUGGGUUUUCCAGUGCCGUCAACUACACGUCCCCGGAGGGUGCCGUCACAAUGCCAGUCUCCCCAUCAUCAGAGAAGUUUCAGAUGACUGAAAUGGCUGGUCAGGAGAAAAGCUGAGCAAACCUAUAGAAAAAAACCUGUAACCCUCACAAGAUUGGCACCUUAAAUGAACAGAUGCAGCUGAAUGAUGGAUAUUAUUAUAAAGAAAUAGCUAGAUCAGUGAGAUCAAGUACAUCAGUGUUUUCACAAGUAAAUCACAAUGUUACACUGCAAGUUACAUUUCUGUGGUCAAACCAUUGUGCUUUUUACUAUUAUUGUUGAGGUAGCUUCAAAAACUUGAUGGGGUUUAAAAAUGUCUGAAAAGUUUGGAAACCACUGACAUAGAGGUACUAAACAGUGUUAUGGCAGUUACAAAGUCAGUUACAAAGUCAUUAUGUGGUCGCUGGUGUGUAUGUUUAGGAGUAUUUUUUUUAAUAACUGAAGUGUGAGAUUUCCACUGAGCACUACGCACUUGUACAUCAUGUGGAAUAUUAUUCAAAUAUAUUUAAAUAGUUGGUUAGGAAAUUUCCCAUAUUGCUCAAAGACUUUUAUGAAGUUUUGUGUAUUUUUCCGACUGCACACCCAUUGAGAAAUGCCCCCUGCAGUUAAAUGAGUGAAAUUCGCUAUGGUAAUUGAAAUGGAUAGUUAUGAAAGUGAAUUUAUUGCUUUUGUAAAGCAGUCUGUCCUUAUCGCGUUUUUUUUUUUUUUUUUUAGCUUUUAAAUCCUAGUUUUUAGUAUGUUUUGUGGGUCCCGUACAGGUCCAGUUAUUUCAGCAUGUGUUGGUGUUUAUGUAUAUUAUACUGCUUGUAAAAGUUCUGCUGAACGUAUGAAUUAUCAGUGUUUAACUUGUGUUCAUCAAUUAAGUAUUUCUCUUGACGACUGUCACUGAACAUGACUGAAUGAACAAUACUGAUACAGGGUGAUUUUAAAGAUAAUCAUUAUAAUCACUCAUCACAAGCGCACAGUUUAAUAGCACUAUUUGAUGUUUUUAAUAGGCUUUUGGUUUUGGGGAUAGUUUGGACUAUACACUGUAAAAGUUUUGCUCUACUGUGUAAAUUUUCAUUUGUUUACAUUUAUUUCUCAAUUUUGUCUGCACUAGUCUAAUUGAGGUUUACAUACAUUGAUGUUUUCCUUUUUUAUUUUUUGUGAAUGUGUAUUUUAUAUAUAUUUAUACAUUUUGUUAUAUUUAUAGCUUUUAGCAUUUUAUUUCCAAUUUCUUGUGUUUGUACUUUUUAAAUUGUUAUUGUUUUUUCUUUAAACACAAUGUACUAAAUAUAUGAGCGUAUGUAAUACCAUAAGCACAUGAACGCAUAUUUAUUUUGUGAGACUGAAAAGAUUAAAACAUUCGCAUUGCACAUGA